GUUUGCUUCAGGCCAACAGGUGGCGGUAUUGCUCUCCAAGCGUGUUAACCACUUACAAAAGAAGAAGAAGAAGAAGCUAACAUGACGGAUUAACCCUAAACUGAGGAGCUCCGUUUCACUAUGGCACAGGGUCAUCCAGCCGAGGACACUUUCUGUCCUUUGGAAGGAAAAUCAAGGACGAGCAGACAUAUGAUGGAAACCAAGACAAAGGUUCAGGAAGAAGAAGCGGCAGCACCUGGCUCAGAUCAGGUGGGGCUAAAUUGGGACGUAGUUGCCAUGGAAACCAAUGAGUGCAGCGACGUAGAGCUGGGACAGCUGGACAUCGAUCUGAGUAGGAAGUCCAAACAGCACAAUCUGACAUCCAGGAACGUGCGCGCCAUCCUACACGAGGUCAUAACACACGAACACGUGAUCGCCAUGAUGAAAGCUGCCAUCAGAGACACUCGGGAUCUGCCCAUGUUUGAGCCCAAGAUGACCCGGUCCAGGCUGAAACAGGCUGUACAGCAGGGACAGCAUCUGAACUGGGGCCUAUCAGCUCUGAGCACAGUUAAGCCUCCUCAGUUUGUCGACAUCGAUCUUGAGGAUGGUGAGGACUCCUCUGAUGAAGAGUAUUGUCCUGAUGAAGAGGAGGAGGAGGAGGACACAGCUGAGGAGAUGCUUCUCAGUGAUGCUGACAGCCUUGCCUCGCCUCCCAGAAUCCACCUGUGCGCUCCACCUGAACAUUCAGACCAGACUCUAGGAACUCUGCAGACUGCUGCAGGUCAAGUGAUAGAUCAGAUGAGGAGCUCCUCCUGCGUUUGUUCAUCUGAGAGCUCCUUCCUUGAGAGACUAAAUGCUGUGGAGGAGGAGCUAAUCUGCAGCUCCACCUACACCUAUGACCAGGCCCUGGACAGGAAGCCAGCAGCUGAUGAUGGUAACGACGGUGAUAAGGGAUGUUUGGCGUUCCGAACACGCUCCAAACUUCCUCUGGUCAAUGUUCCUUUGGAUCAGCUGGAGGCGGAGCUUCUGGCCCCUGACAUCACAGCUGACAUGUAUGAUCAGAGCCCUGCCCAGCUGGAGGAAGACCGUCACUGGACGAAGUGGCUGCAGGGUCUCAUGGCACCUGGUCCUGAAGAUGAAGCUGAUGAUGAUGAUGACCCAGAGUACAAUAUCCUGGAUGACCUCGAUGAACCGGACCUUGAGGACUACAGGACGGACCGAGCCGUCCAGAUCACCAAGAAGGAAGUGAACGAGCUGCUGGAGGAACUCUUUGAAACUCUCCAGGAGGAAGAGGUUCCAGCUGAGGAGCAGGAGGCCCCAUUAGUGACUGCUCCUAAAUUUAAUAUCCCGCAAGCCUUACGUUUUGAGGCUCCAUUAGCUGGGAUGUUGACGGAGCGAAGGGAGGUGGUCAGAAAACAGUAUGAAGCUGUGCAUCAGAGGAGAGCUCUGCAGGAUACCACCAACCAUCUCCGGAACAACACAAAAGAUUUAUCUAGUCCUCUUCCUCACGCUUUAGCAUCUGUCUUUGUACUGGCAAGCCAGACAUGCCCCGCCCUCCACCUGGACCCUGCCCAGAAACUGCAGCUGCAGCAGCAGGUGCAGCAGCACGUGCAGCUGCUGACUCAGGUUUACCUAUUGAGCCGCCGAAUCCACGCCCUGAACCAUGAGACACAUGUGACCAAACGCUACCUGGAGGAGCUGCAGCAGUUAGCUAGUCGUCGGGAAGAGCUCCGUCUCCCCAGCAGUUUUACAGCAUGUAACCUUCAGGGGGCGCUAGAUCUUCUUAAGGAGGUAGAACAGAGAGAGCAGGCUCCACCCGCACGUCCUGGUCCUGGUUCUGGUUCUGGUUCUGGAGCUUCCAAAGGGCUGCUGCCGACAAUCACUCCAACUACCAGUAGUCAUGCUUUCCCGUUACUGCCCGCUGACACCGCCUGGCUGUUUGCCACACAACCUGUCUUCCUGUAUCCAGAACUACUUCCUGUGUGUAGCCUUGACCCCACCUUAAACAGCAAACAACAGCGCAGACUUUACACAGGAGGAGAGGACGGGCUGAUUGUUCUGGGUCUAAAGCACUUUGAGGGGGCGGAUCAAACUGAUCAACUGAUCAGCUCCUACCUGCUCUGUAAAAGUCGAUCGAACAUCAGGAAACGCAUCCGAGAGAUGAGUGGUCCAAGAGCUCCACAGGGCAGCGUGAUUAAGUUGUUCAUGACUCACGGAGUUGUUCCUCCGCUGCCUGUCGCCUGCAGCAGAGUUCAUCCAGAAGACCAGCGGCCCCCAGUGGACAGAAAUACCUCCAACAUGCCAAAAUGGCUAAAGAACAGUCAACCAAUCAUCCAAAAGAACCGACUACACGGCACUCAUUACCCCCAAUCCCUCCCCCCGGGCUGCACCCUCAGGCUCCACCCCUCUUACGUAAAUAAGCCUCAGGUGCCUCGGCAAGUCCAAAAACGCCUUUUCAUCCUGGCCCACAAUGCAUCUCUACUUCCCCUCGCUAAAGCCCCAACAAACCAACCAGUCGAGCAGCGGGUGGAGCAAAAGCCAAUCAGCCGUCUGUCCCCUCCUCCUCCUGGUGUUGAGUUACUGUCAGACUCCUCUGCUGUGUCGGGACCGCUACCGUUGGCUUUGUCUCCAUUCUGUGGGACCGUCCCAUUGACUGCUGUUCAUCCAAGGCCCUCCAACCCCAUAUGUCAUGAUGUCCUCGGGUUUGGCUUUCCUGUUGGGCAGAAUAUGCAGCAGAAAUCUGCUCCAUUUCUCUUACCUAUCAACUCCCUAUCACGCUCCAGUUCUACAACCCCCAUAAUGUCUUGCUCAGCAUCUUCACGAGAGUCAGGCCACUUUCUCCUCCAGAUGGUGGGGACACCUCCAGUUUCCUGUUCUACCACUUUCUCCCACCAUGCCAUUGGUCCUGAGUCCCUUGGGCCAGUUGAACAGCAACACCCAAAGAGCACCAUCAGUCCAUACCCACCAUGUGAAGAAGAAGUAAAGGACAGCUCUCCAUCCACACUAAGUCCAUUCUCGUCCAGUGCAGGAGACAAGGAGGAGGAGCAGGAAGAGGACUGGUCUGUGAUGUGUGUUAGUCUAAAAGGAGGAGAAGGAGGGAACGUGGAGAGAGGCGAACAGGAGAAGACAAAGGAUGGAGGUGACCAAGAAAAGGGGGAAACUGACGGGGAUGGAGAGGGUGAGGAGCAGGGGGGAGAAGAGGAUGACGGAGAAAGAGAGGAGAGGGGAGGAGAGAGAGAGGAUGGAGACAAGGACCGUCGUGGUGAUGAGGAGGAGGAUGAAGAAGACGACGACGAAGAAGAGGAGGAGGAAGACUUUGACGACCUUACACAAGACGAGGAUGAAGAAGAAGUGAUGUCAUCGGCAUCGGAGGAGUCUGUGCUGUCGGUUCCAGAGCUACAGGAGACGAUGAAGCAGCUGACAUGGCUAGCAGCGGAGCGGCGCCUCUGCAAUGGAGACUCAGAGGAUGACCACUCUCCAACCUCUCAGGAGGACGAGGACGAGGAAGACGAUGAGACUAAGGGGGAAGAGCCAGAAGAGGGGCGAAGCUUUAAGACCAGUCUUGACAAGGAGAUGCCAUCCGGAGAGAAGACAGCAAAAGGACGAAGGUGUUCGGGACGGGGACGAGGUGAGAUCUGUCUGUCAGGUCGCACUCCUCCCCUCCGUGGUUUGGCGAGGACGCGUCAGGAACGUCUCAGUAAGGACACCUCCAAGCUGUCUCUACUGUAUGACGAGAACCUUCUGGAAAAGGACCCGCUCAGAGAGAGCAAAGAUGCAGCGUUUGCUCAGAGCUACCUGAACAGGGUGCGUGAGGCACUGGAGGGUGCACCUGAGCAGGUGCAUGAGUUUGUUUCUCUGCUCAGCAAGUUUGAACAGGUGGGAGAAGGACAGGAAGUGACACAGCUGUUCAGGAAGCUGCGCUGCAUUCUGGGAGACCAUACAGACCUGCUGCGAGACUUUGCUGCAUUCCUGCUUCCUGAGCAGGCACUGCUAUGUGGACUGUUUGAGGAGCAGCAGGCGUUCGAGCGCAGCCGUCGGUUUCUAAGACGGUUGGAGAUCAGUUUUGGAGAUAAUCCGUCACAUUACCAGAAGAUUAUCAAAGCUCUUCAGACCGGACCGGACCUGAGUCCAUCCAACAUCCAGGAGCUCAAAGCCCAGAUGGGAACGCUUCUCAAAGGCCACACCCAUCUCCAAGCUGAAUUCUGGGUAUUUUUUGAUGAUCUCCGACCACCAUUGGCCCGGCCUGAGCAGUUUGAAGAUGCUUACCUGCCUGAGGAAGCAGAAGGUGGAGAGGGAGGUGGCCAGGUAUCAGGUGGCGGAGCCAGUCGCAGCUUUGAGGAAGUAAAACUGCCAGACCUGGAAGAGGAAGAGGAUGGGCAUAAAAUCCGACCAAUAACAAGCCGGCGCCAGAGGAGGAAGAUGGAGUCUCACCGUAGCUACAAGGGGACUGAUUGGUUCUGCCUGUGUCACGAUGCAAAGAUCAGUCGACAUCGAAGGAAAGGAUGCUCUCGCUGUCAUAGCAACAAGACCUCAGCAAGUGUCUCCAGGGCUUUGAAGAACUUAGAUCCACUUUACUCCCAAAGAAGGUCCACCAACGACGAGCCAUGUGAGAAAAACUUGGACGUGAAAGGGGGCAACAGUAGUCCACAUCCAGAUCAGAGUGGUGCAUCAUGGGAACGCUCCGUCCCACUGACUGAUGAAAAGGAAGAGGAGCAGCUAAAUUGUGAAGGCAAUGAACAGGAGAGCCCCACAGUAAAGAGGAGGAGAGAGGAGCUGCUACAACCACAAACCGUUUGCUCCUCCAUUGCUCCCUCCAUCAGCUCCUCUGACACCUCGUCCUUCAUCACAUUUGUCUCCACCUCCUCUUCUUUGGAUGCUCCAACCGUUAGUGUCUCCUCUCCGUCCUCUGCUCUUUCUCGGCCCAGCCCUCCUCCUGACCUCCCUGUUUGUGCCAAAAACAUUUCUCUCACUGCAAGUGGAGAGAAGGUGAUCCUCUGGACCAGAGAAGCAGAUCGUGUCAUAUUGACAAUGUGUCAGCAAGAAGGAGCCAAUCAGCAAACCUUUCAGGCCAUUUCUUAUCUGCUUGGCAACAAAACUCCCAAUGAGGUAUCUCAAAGGUUUCGGGAUUUGAUGCGAUUGUUUCGAACGGCAGCUCGUCACACCACCUUAGAGGAUGAAGUUCCCUUCACUGAACCAAUAACAGAUGAAGCUGCAGACUGACCAAUCAGAACAGUUUUGGGGACUCUUAUUGUGACAAGGGUUGCUGUGCAUUUAACAGCCCUCUUUAAGGACCAACUUGUAAAUAUAAAUAUGCAGACAAUUUUAUGUUUUUAUAAAAUUGACAUUUUGUAACAAAUAAGUUUGUGUAACAGUCUGGUGUGAAUUUAUUUACUCUGAUUGCAGUCAGCCAACCCUCAAGAGGGGGCAACAACAAACUUCAAAUAUGUACUGUGUCUGCAUACAUUUAAUAAACAGCAAACAUGUUUUAUAAAAUUAUUGAAAAGGAUAAUGUGGAUGAUAAUAAAGCUGCUGAUUGGGAA